CCCCGAGACACACCCGUGUAGCACGGACCAUUUAACCUUUGAUUGUGAUGGAAUUUUUUAACAUGUAUAUUUUAUAAAUUUUUAUGUUUCUCAGUAACCAUGCCUGAAUUAAUUUUUAUAUUUUCACACAUUUCCUAUUUUGAUAAGAAAUCAGUCUGUAGAUCUUGAAGUCCGAAUGAAUCGUUCGGAAAAAAGGAGUAUUGAAGGCAUUGUUUACUUCCCUGUGACAGCAAAAGUGGAGAAAGAGAGGUACCGGUUUAUAAUUGAUCACGAUGGUAAUACAAGUUCAGGAACUUCAAGAAGAGCCUCCGCUCAUCCAAGCAAUAUUUGCUCGGGAUAUUGAACUUGUAGAAUCACUCUUAGCUGAUCAGGAAGAUGUCAACCACCUUGACAGAGAACGACGAAGCCCUCUUCAUGCUGCUGCUUACCAAAAUGAAGCUGAAAUUGCCGAAAAACUUAUAGUUCAUGGAGCACGAGUGGAUCCUAAAGAUUCUCGGUGGCUCACACCACUGCAUAGAGCCUGCUGCAAUGACAGUGGUGAAACUGUUGGUGUCCUCUUAAAGUAUAAAGCAAAUGUUAAUGCAAGAGAUCGUCACUGGCAAACACCAUUGCACAUUGCAGCUGCAAACAAUGCCAUGCAAAGUGUAGCACAUCUUUUUCAAGAGCUUACUAAUAUCAAUAUUACUGAUAGAAGUGGACGAACUGGUCUUCAUCAUGCUGCUUACAGUAACCAUAUUGAAAUGGUGCAUUUUCUCCUAGGUUACAAUUGUGCCAUUAACACUAGAGAUAAGAAAGAACGCACUGCUUUGCAUUGGGCAGCUUUUAUGGGUCAUGAGGAUGUUGUCUGGACACUCCUCCAGAAAUCAGCUGAUGUGAAUGCUCGUGAUAAAGAUAAAUAUACACCUCUCCAUGCAGCAGCUGCACGUGGCCAUUCAGUUGUGGUGGAUUUGUUGUUGCAAAAUGGUGCUGAUGUUGAUGGAAUAAACUCUUAUGGAAAUACACCACUUCAUAUUGCCUGUCUGAAUGGUCACAAUAGUGUUUGUGUUGAGCUGUUGUACCGAAAUGCAAAUAUUAAUGCCAUAAACUACAGAGGACAGACUCCAUUGCACAUUGCUGCUGCGUCAACUGAUGGCAAAGAAUGCAUGGAACAACUGUUGUUGAAAGGAGCUGACAUAAAUGCACAGAGUGACGAUGGCCGAACACCCCUUCAUAUGACCUGCCACUAUGGAAGGUUUACAUGUUCAAAGAUUUUAAUUGAUCAUGGUGCUGAGGUAGACAAAGAGGACAAAAAUGGUUGUACAGCAUUGCAUAUUGCUGCAUUAUAUGGUCAUGAUUUGCUGACAGGGACUUUGUUGGGUGUUGGUGCUGACCCCAGAAAACCUGGCUAUCAAGGUCGCACUCCUUUACACAUGUGUUGUCUUGGAGGAUUUGUGGAAUGCUGUCGUAAAAUUCUUCAGGCAGGGGUGGAUAUGGAUGCUCUUGAUCACACAAUGAAAACUCCUCUUCAUCUAGCUGCUUAUAGGGGGAGUGUAGACUGCUUAGACCUCUUGGUGAGCAGUGGUGCCACCUUCCAAGUACCUGAUACUCAUCUACGCACACCUUUACAUUAUGCUGCUGAGCAAGGGCAUUUAUCUUGCUUAUUCACACUUGUUGGUCAAGGAGCUAGGGUCAAUCAACAGGAUAAGUAUGGCUGUUCAGCUUUACACUUGGCUUCAAAGGGAGAUACAGAGGGCAAAUGUGUGGAGUAUCUGCUGCAGCACCAAGCUAACCCCGUUUUGAGGGAUAUGCAGGGCUUUACAGCUGUGCAUUAUGCUGUGGAAAGUGGUAAUCAAGCAGGGCUUGAAAAAUUACUCUUGGUACUAAGCCCUUUAGAUUUUCAGACUGAUGAUUUGCCUCGCAUAACUCCCCUUCAUUUAGCUGCAUAUCAUGGCCAUCAUGAAAUUUUAAGGUUGCUUCUCCCCUUUUUUAACAACUAUAAUGUAAGAGAACAAAAUGGAAGGACACCACUUGAUUUAGCAGCUCACAAAGGUCACAGUCAAUGUGUUGGGCUUCUCCUAAGGUAUGGAGCACAAGUAUUAGUACACGAUUCUCGUUCCAAGCGUACUCCUGUUCAUGCAGCUGCAUCUUCUGGGAACGAGGACUGCAUACAUCUCCUUUUAAACAAUUGUGAAAAUAAGAGUGUGGUUGAUGCUAUUGACAACAAGAAAAGAACACCAUUGAUGAUGUCUGUGGGUCUGGGUCACGUCAAGUGUGUCAAUAUGCUCAUAAAAUAUGGUGCAAGUAUCAAUAUGGUAGAUGAAGAUCUGCACCCUCCACUUUUCCGAGCUGUUGUUAAUGGUUGCAGUGAAGUAGUGUCUUUACUGGUUCAAGCUGGUGCCAAUGUGACUUGGCAAGACAGGAAAGGGAAGACUGCAUUACAUCUAGCUGCUGCUAUGGGCCAUUUAAACUGCUUAUCAAUUCUUGCACAAUCGGCUCAUUCGCUUGGUGUUGUUCUUGACACACUCCUUGAUGGCCAGCAAUGCUCUUUACUCCAUUGGGCUGCCUAUAAUGGCCGCUCUUCCUGUGUGGACUACUUACUGCAAUCUUGCCUGAUUGGAACAAUGAAGGGCAACCCUUUCUCACCUAUUCAUUGUGCUUCAUACCAUGGAAGCAAACAAUGUUUGGAUCUUCUUAUCAAUACAUUUGGAAGAAAAAGUGUACAUUUGAGAGAUUCGCUUGGACGGACACCUCUUCAUCUAGCCGCUGCACACAAUAAUGUUGCCUGUAUGCAAUUGCUUUUGCAACAAAACGCGUCAGUUGAAGCAACCGACACAAAUGGAAAAACUCCUCUUUUAUGUGCUGCACAGAAUGGACACAUUCAAGCUAUAGAAUUACUUUUAAGCUGUGGGGCAGAUGUAAAAGCAUGGAACAGAGAGGGUAAUACAGCUCUUCAUCUAGCUUGUGAGAAACAGCACACAGAAACUGCUUUACUCCUACUAGACAAUAUACCUAAUCCUCAGCACACAAUAGUCAAUAUGGCAAACAGGCAAUUGCAAACACCUUUACAUCUUUCGGCAAGACAUGGCUUAGUAUCUGUUACUCAAUCACUCUUGGAGAAAGGAGCAUCAGUUGUGGCUGUCGAUGCAUGUGGCCUUAGUCCUGUACUUGCGUGUGCCCCAAAUCUUAAUGUGGCACAAUGUCUUGCUUUAAUCUUGUCAACAUCACCUUCUUUUUCUGCCCUUGUACCUCUACGAAUUUUAAACAACCAUGAUGAGAAAGAAAUCACCGAACUAUCCCCUGAGCAGUUGCAGUCACCUACUGGAGGGGAUCAGUCAGACCGUUCGGACCGCUCUGAAAACUCUGAAGAGUUUUACUAACUAAUGAAUGUUCUAUAUUAUAUAUUAUGAAUCUCUAAAUGCCCAAACCAAAUGAGUCUGUGUGACAAAGCAAUAUCAAUUGCAAUAAGAUGAGCUUUUGUGUAAUCUCACUAUAAUGGUCGUAUUCUUAUUUAAAGUGUGCUUUAAAAAUCAUUUACACCCCUCUAUAUGUGCUGAUGCUAUUUUUUUUAAUUAUGGACAAACCUUUUUACAAUUUGCAAAUUUUGAAUCUUGUUUUAACUUACGAACUUGUGACAUUUGUGAGGAUGUACCAGUGUAUUACUAUUACCCAACCUUGAGGCUGUACUUUGAAUCAAAGCAAACCUAAGACCUAAAAGAUAGACUUCCACUGACUGUUGUGUGGGUGGAUGAUAAGCUCAUUUAGAUUUAGUUUUAAUCUCAAUCUGUGAUUCUGUGGACAGUGUUUUGUGAAUGUGUGUACUGUGUACAUGUUUGUAUAUGCAUAAAACCCUGGUUUCUUUUUAACGUUA